AUGCCGCCCCCUCCCCCACGAGUCAGGGCGCGGGAUGCGGAGGAGCUGUUGCGUGAGGCGGAGGAGGCGGCGGGGCCGAGCGACAUCGGCAUAGUGGACGCCAAAGGGCUCAGGCGCCUGGUGCUGGCUCUGGAGCGCAAGGUCCCUUUGGAGGGGGCCACCCAGAAUCUAGAGCAGCGCACGCGCUUUGCAGACCAGCCGGAGAAGUUCCUGGAGUCGGAGGUGGAGCUUGACGAGGCCGUGAACGCCCUGAGGGUGGUGGCCAGCACGCCCGAGCUGUACCCGGAGCUGAUCGCCAGCGGCGCACUGGAGACCCUGCUCCCCCUGUUGCACCACGACAACGCCGACAUUGCGGCGGCGGUCAUGGAGCUGCUGGCAGAGCUGACCUCUGAGGACGCGGUGGACGAGGCGCGGGAGGAGGGGCGCGCGCUGGCGGCGGCGCUGGCCUCGGCCGGGCUGCUGGCGGCGCUGGCGCACCGCCUGCCCGCCUUUGACGAGGGCGUGCCCGAGGAGGCACAGGCCGUGCAUAGCGCGCUGGGCGUUCUGGAGGGGCUGGUGGAGGCGGGGGGCGAGCCGCGCGAGGCGCUGGUCGCCGGUGGCGGCGUGGACGCGCUGCUGCAGGCCGCAGCGCCGUACAGAGCGCGCGCGGCAGAGGAGGGCGAGGAGCAGGACUACCUGGAGAACCUGGUGACCGCACUCUGCGCCCUGCUCGCCCUCUCCGCCGGCCAGCGCGCGUUUGUCGAGGGGGAAGGCAUCGAACUGAUGCUGCUCAUCCUGAGGGGCAACAGCGCUGCCAGAGUGGCCACCCUGCGCUGCAUCGACUUUGCCACCACCAACUCCCAGCCCGCCUGCGAGAGGCUGGUGGACGCCGGCGGCCUCAAGUCCCUCUUCGGCAUCUUCAUGGGCAAGAUCAAGGCAUGUCGGUGUACGGCAAAGAAGGCGGAUGAGGUGGAUCGGCAGGAGGAGGAGGAGCGGUCGGUGUCCAUCAUCACAAACCUGUUCCAGAUGCUGCCGACCUCGUCCCGGAGGGACCGGGUGGCCAGCAAGUUUGUGGAGAACGAGUUUGAGAAGGUGGACCGGCUGGUGGAGGUGUACCUAAGAUACGAGCAGCGUGUGGCGGCUGGGGAAGAAAGGCUCGCCUCUGCUCAGGUCUUGGAGGCGAUGGACGAGGACGAACUCCUUCUGGCACGCAUGGAGGCCGGGCUGUUCACUUUGCAGCAGGCUGCGCUGGUGCUGGGCUCUCUCUGGCUGCUCCAGGAGGAGGCGCUGAGGAAGCGGGUGCUCAUGCUGCUGCACCAGAAGUCGCACUCGCUGGCGGCCGUGCGCAGGGUGCUGCUGGGCCGUCGCAGCGCCCUGGGAGGGGAUGGUGCCCCAGAGGACACCAAGAAGCAGUACGCCCACAUCAGCGCCAUGCUGAGGGCGCUGGGACAUGUGGAUGCACCAGAUGGCGCUGUGGCUGGAGGUGCAGAGGCGGCCACCCCGGGGCAGAACGGGGUCGAUGCACCCGCCGACGACGGCGCCAGCCGCGACGACGGCGGUAGUGCAUCAGAGGCGGGAAGGGACCGCGACCCUCCUUCCGCUCUACAGUGUGGGGCUGGGGCUAUGCCUGAGCGCGACCCUCAUCGCGGCAGUGCCAGGACCGAUGGCCCUGCCGCGGGUGAGGCAGAUGAUCCAGCAGAGCCAGGAGCGCGCACGAUCAAAGAGGAGGGGAGGAGUAGGGACGCCGCAUCUCCGUCCCGGCAUGGGCGGCACUCCCGCGAUGAGCGUGGGCGCUCGCCGCACGAGAAAUCGAUAGCCCGCCGCGUCGACUCGUCUGUGCAGGGUCGGCGCCACCGCAGCCGCAGCCGAGACGACGACUCCCCCGCGCGGAAGCACCGCCACCGCAGCCGCAGCCGUGGCGAAUCGCCGGAGAGGAAGCGCCGCCACCGCAGCCGCAGCCGACAUGACGACUCCCCCGCGCGGAAGCGCCGCCACCGCAGUCGGAGCCGUGAAGCGCGGCGCGAGUCGCGGCCGCGCAGCCGGAGCAGGGACCGCUAUGCCAGGCGCGAGGUGAUCCCGGGCCGGCGCUGA